AUGGGUUCCGAAUCUCCGCGAUUCGUCUACAAGAUCUUGCACGAGGCACCGGCGGAGCCCCUGCCCGCCCAGCUGCCCCUGUCCGAGCUGGAUGCCAAUGACGGCUUCGUCCAUCUCAGCACUGCUGAGCAGGUUCCCAAGACGGCAGGCUUGUUCUUCACUGAGCACACCAAGCUCUGGGUCAUCAAGCUGGAGCUCUCCAAGCUCUCUGAUCCUGUCAAGUUCGAGGAUGGCUACCCCCAUCUCUAUGGCAACUUUGGCGCCCUCGAGGUAGACUCGACGUCUCGUUUUGAGCGCGAGCAGACGCAGACCUGGGCUGAUAGCUUGGGUGCCUCCUCCUGGCUGGAGUAG